AUAAUAGGUCAUAGCGGCACUACAAAACCUUUAGGUUUGGCGGCAAAAGAUGAGUUCCUUGUCAAAAUUCUUCAAGUCGAGGAAGAAUGACAAGGCAGAUACACAGACUGCAAUCCAGAAGCUUAGGGAUACCCAUGAGAUGCUCACAAAAAAGUCCAAUUUUCUUGAGGGCAAGGUAGAAGAACAGAUAGCCCUAGCCAGAAAAUAUGGUCUAAAAAAUAAAAGAUUGGCUCUUCAGGCUCUGGCUAGAAAAAGGACCUAUGAGAAGCAGCUCGCUCAGAUUGAUGGAACACUGAACACAAUCGAUAGUCAUAUUGAAGCACUAGAGAAUGCUGGAACAAAUGUGGAAGUUUUGAAUGCCAUGCGAUAUGGAUCAAAUGCUCUAAAGAACGUUCACAAGAAUAUGACUGCCGAUGAUGUUCAAAAUAUUAUGGAUGACAUUCAAGAACAAAGAGAUAUUAGUCAAGAAAUAUCCAAUGUAAUAUCUACGCCUAUGGGUCUCAACGCCGACUUUGAUGAAGAUGAUCUUCUGCGUGAACUCGAGGAACUUGAGGCUGAGGGUGUUGAACAAAAACUAUUGGAUGUCACUCCGGUAAUACCUGAUUUGCCUGCUGUCCCAGACUCUGACUUAUCAAUACCUACUGCAUCGCGUCAAACACCAAGUAAGAAAAAGGUUGAUGAUGAUGAUAUCGGAGCACUGGCUGAAUGGGCUAACUGAUCGUCGUCACAUGGUCGCCGUGGUCGUCACCACAUGGUCAUCGUCGCGGUUGUCGUUGAAAUCUUAUUUCUGGUGUGUUAUUGUAUUUAUAGAUAGAUAUACACAUAUAUAUAUAUAUGAAGUCUUCAGUACUUCUCAACCACCCACCCCCUCCCCCAAGCUGAUUGAUUGUAUGAAUAAUCACCACCACCACUACCACCUCUUGUGAAGUUGACAUGUGUGUUGUGAUUUUUUUUUGUAAUGCACAUCACACCUAAAGGAAUAAUUCCCCCUAUUUCCACUACUAUAGUUUCUAUGGCGUUUCUUUAUUUUUGCCUUCGCUUAUGAUUAUUAUUAUUAUGAUUUUUUCUCUUACACUGUCUAAUCAGACCAAUUAAUCCAGCAUACAUUUGUGAAUAGUGAUAAGACAAACUCCGCUUUCAUUAUAUUGUGUGUGUGCGUGUGUGGGCCAGGGGGCCUCUACCACCCUGGCAUAUUAUCCUUUCCCUAUCGCCUCCCGCCUUUAUUUUGAUAUUCAAUUAAAGGGGGGUGGGGUGAUGACGUUACUGCAUAAAUUCCCUCAAGGGUAGGUAUCACUUGUGAUACGAAGAUGUACGCAUGUAUGUAUUUAUUUAUGUGUGUAUGUGUGUUUGUAUGUUAUAAUUCUCUUUUUGCGCAUUCUGGAUUGUUCUUGUAAUUGAUUGACUAUGGGAGCCAGCAAGCAAGCGAGCAACCAAACAACCAAUCGACCAAUCAAAAUGACUGAUAAUUUCUCCCCUCCCCAGCUGGCCAGCUGGUUUAGAAUUUCUCCCUUGUUGAGCUUUCUGUUCUGAUUGUGUGUUUUAUAUUAUGCCUUGUUAAUUAUUAUUUAAUAUAUAUGUUGAUUGGAUAACAAGGCAGCACGCCUUUUUUACCUGUUAUAUAUAUAUACAUAUAUAUAUAUAUAUAUA